AGGAGCUGAGAGACGUCAGGACCACCAGAAGCCGCUCCCCGAUGGGCCGCUGCGGCGACAAGUGGCAGUUCGCCCACAGCCCGAGCUGCGCCCCCUCAUCGGGACACCGACCCCCAGGCCCACUGCAAGCAUGGAGAUCCCAGAUCAGCAACUCCAGCCCAGCCCCGCUCCAACUCCAGAGGCAGAAGCUGAUGGUGUGCAAAACAUUAUUCUUGGUCGGGACGUCCUGAAACCUUCUCGUUACCCCUCUUCCUCUCCGCCCUCCCGUCCCCCCUCAAAUGAGGCUGGAAGAGAGAGGAUAGGGAACUGAGAAACCUCGCGGGAGAACGUUUUCGAUCGGGGAGAGAGGCUUGGAAUUGAUGAUCCACCUGGAGUCUAACCAAGGUGUCCACCUGGGGUACAUAUCUCUCCCGCGAAGAUGCAUCAACAGGGCCGUCCACCUGGAGAUCGCCAGUGGGUUUAGGUGCCGUUGCUGUCGACGGAGAGACGGGAACGUGAGCGACCAUUGAGGGCAGCCAGGGUGACCUUGAGCCCCCCCCUCCCCAUCUGCUCGGUGUGCGGGCUGAGCUUCCAAGGGCUGAGCUUCAAUGGAGGAUCACAUGACGGGGCACAACAAGGAGAAGCGUUAUGAGUGCGAUGUGUGUGACAAGGCAUGUGAGAGCCCAAGCCAGCUGGAGGCCCACUGGCGAGUGCACACGGGAGAACGCCCAUUCGACUGCUCCGACUGUGGCAAGGACUUCAAGAUGGCGAGUGACCUGAAGAACCACCGGCGACUGCACACGGGCGAGAAGCCUUAUGGCUGCUCCACCUGUGGCAAGGGCUUUACCCGGUCGUCUGGGCUGCGGGAGCACCAGCGGGUGCACAGCAGUGAGCGGCCCUUCACCUGCUCCCACUGUGGCAAAGGCUUCAAGUCGUCCAGGGACCUGAAGGUGCACAAGCGCCUGCACACCGGGGAGCGGCCCUACACCUGCUGUGAUUGCGGCAAGGGCUUCACCCGCUCCGACAGUCUGCUGGUGCACCAGCGCACCCACACCGGCGAGCGCCCCUACACCUGCGUCCAGUGCGGCAAGGGCUUCACCCAGUCCAGCUAUCUGCUGUCCCACCAGCAGUUGCACGCCGGCGACCGUCCCGUCCCCAGCCCGUUGUGUGGAGAGCGCUUUGCCAUGGCCUCACACGCCCUGUCUCACCAGCGAGUGCACACCAGUGGCAAGCCCUAAGACUGCCCGUACUGCGGUGAGGUGUUUGACAGCUCGCGUGCGUUGCGGCAGCACCGGCGGGCUCACGCCAGCGAGCGGCUGCUCCCACUGCGGCAAGCGUUUCAAGAGCGCACAGGGGCUGUGGGAGCACUAGCAGAUACACACUAGUGAGACCCUUUAGAAACAUAGAAACAUAGGCAAUAGGUGCAGGAGUAGGCCAUUCGGCCCUUCGAGCCUGCACCGCCAUUCAAUAUGAUCAUGGCUGAUCAUCCAACUCAGUAUCCUGUACCUGCCUUCUCUCCAUACCCCCUGAUACCUUUAGCCACAAGGGCCACAUCUAAUUCCCUCUUAAAUAUAGCCAAUGAACUGGCCUCAACUACCUUCUGUGGCAGAGAAUUCAAGAGAUUCACCACUCUCUGUGUGAAAAAUGUUUUUCUCGUUUCGGUCCUAAAAGAUUUCCCCCUUAUCCUUAAACUGUGACCCCUUGUUCUGGACUUCCCCAACAUCGAGAACAAUCUUCCUGCAUCUAGCCUGUCCAACCCCUUAAGAAUUUUGUAACUUUUUGUGCGCUGAGUGGCAAGGGUUUCACCCACAUUUCCAGCCUGUGGAAGCACCGGUGUACCAACAGCGGUGUACCUUCCCCUGCCCGUCCUGUGGUAAGUGGUUCACCUGCAUUGACCACCUUAUGGGUCCACAUUGGCCAGCGCCCCUUCACCUGCCCGCUCUGUGACAAGACCUUUGCCCGCUCCGCCAGCCUGCUGGCACACCGCCAUAUGUGGAUAGGCGCUGUUUAGAUAGAUAUAAAAUGAUGGAAGUAAUGGAUUACGUUUCGACUCUUAAGUAUCGACCCGAAACCUCACCCAUUCCUUCUCUCCAGAGUAGUUUCCUGUCCUGAGUUACUCCAGCAUUUUUGUAAACCAGCAUCUGCAAUUCCUUGUAAAUUCCUUGUAUUCAAACCAUUCUGGUAAACCAUCUUUGCACUUUCCCCAAAGCCUCCACAUCAGUCCUGUAAUGGAGUGACCAGAAUUAUAUGCAAUACUCCAAAUGCUACCUGACCAAUGUCUCUUAAAGCUGCACAUAUACAUUCCUCUCCUUAUCUCACACCCUUUUAUCUCCUUAUUUUCUCUCGCCGCUGUCACUUUACUCAUCUGCCGUAAACCCCCUCAUCUGUUAACAUAGUGUCAAUCUGAAGAAGGGUCCCGACCCGAAACGUCACCUAACCAUGUUCUCCACAGAUGCUGCCUGACCCGCUGAGUUACUCCAGCACUCUGUGAAACGUCACCUAUCCAUGUUCUCCACAGAUGCUGCCUGACCCGCUGAGUUACUCCUGCACUCUGAAACAUCACCUAUCCAUGUUUUCCACAGAUGCUGCCUGUCCCGCUGAGUUACUGCAGCACUCUGUGAUAGAAUGAAACAGUGUGGAAACAGGCCCUUCGGCCCAACUUGCCCACACCGACCAUCAUGUCCCAGCUACACUAGUCCCACCUGCCUGCGUUUAGUCCAUAUCCCUCCAAACUCGUCCUAUCCAUGUACCUGUCUAACUGUUUCUUAAAUGUUGGGAUUGUCCCAGCCUCAACUACCUCUUCUGGCAGCUUAUUCCAUACACCCACCAUCCUCUGUGUGAAAAAGUUACCCCUCAGAUUCCUAUUGUAUCUUUUCCUCUGCACCUUGAACCCAUGUCCUCUGGUCCUCGAUUCCCCCACUCCGGGCGAGAGAUUCUGUGCAUCUAACUCAAUUGUGUUCCGUGCAAGAUUCCUGUAUCUGCAGUUUCUUGUGUCUCCCUCACCUAUAUCCACCUAUCACUUCUGAAGAAGGGUCUCAACUUGAAACGUUACCCAUUCCUUGUCUCUAGAGAUGCUGCCUGGCCCACUGAAUUACUCCAGCAUUUUGUUUCCACCUAUCACUUGCCCGGCUUUGUGCAGCCCCUAUCUCUCUUUUGCAGUUUCCUCCCCCCACCCUCUCCAAUCAAUCUGAAGAAGUGUCCUGACAAAACAUCAUCUGUCCAUUCCCUCUAAAGCGGUGGCGGAACUCAGUGGGUCAGGCCGCAUCUGUAGAGGGAAGGGAAUCUGAGGCGACCACUCCCACCUCUCCUUUCCAUCUUUCUCCCUCACCCCCAUCACCAGGCUGGAAGAAGGGUCCUGACCUAGUAUGUUCCCUGUCCAUGACCUCCAGAGGUGCAAGUUACUCCAGGAGAUUGUGUCUCUUUUUGUAAACCAGCAUCUGCUGUUCCUUGUAUCUACACUAAGGCCUGCUGAAUCUCCUGGUUGCCAAUCACUCCCCUUCCCACUCCCACACUGAUCUUCUGUCCUGGGCCUCCUCCAUUGCCAGAAUGAGGUGACACGCAAACUGGAGGAACAGCACCUCAUAACUUACAGCCCAAUGACAUGAACAUUGCAUUCCCCAAAUUACUUUUUAGAUUAGAUUAGAUUCCUUUAUUGACAUUCAGAUCUUUCUGUCUGAAUGAAAUUUUGUUGCCUGCAGUCAUACAUACAAUAAUAAAUAACAAAACAUACAAUCAACACAAAUUAACAUUUGUGGCAAAAACAGGAAAGUAGAUUAUUAUCUAAAUGGUAGCCGAUUAGGAAAAUGGGAGAUGCAACGAGAACUGGGUGUCAUGGUACACCGGUCAUUGAAAGUAGGCAUGCAGGUGCAGCAGGCAGUGAAGAAAGCGAAUGGUAUGUUAGCAUUCAUAGCAAAAGGAUUUGAGUAUAGGAGCAGGGAGGUUCUACUGCAGUUGUACAGGGUCUUGGUGAGACCACACCUGGAGUAUGGCGUACAGUUUUGGUCUCCAAAUCUGGAAGAACAUUAUUGCCAUAGAGGGAGUGCAGAGAAGGUUCACCAGACUGAUUCCUGGGAUGUCAGGACUUUCAUAUGAAGAAACACUGGAUAGACAGCUUGUACUCGCUAGAAUUUAGGAGAUUGAAGGGGGAUCUUAUAGAAACUUUAAAAAUUCUUAAUGGGUUGGACAGGCUAGAUGCAGGAAGAUUGUUCCCGAUGUUGGGGAAGUCC